GUCAACUUUAUGAACAACUGACCCAACUUUGGUGUCACCUGCUGCCUUCUGCUGCUUCUGCUGGGACAAAUAUCAGGCUGGUCACUCGGAGCAGAUUAUUUCCGCGUUAUAAACAGUAAUAACGGUGUUAUCGCGUCAUGGCGCACCUUAAUUCGGCCUAGAGGUUGUUUAUGGAUCCGCUAAUUCAGCACGGGCAUGGCGAAAUGAUGUGCAAAAGUCAACUGAACUGAAGUGGACUAGAGGACUGUCACUUACAUUUCAUGUUGAGGGAAUCCGACUGUUAACCUGACCGAGCCAACCAGACAUCAUGGCUGGAGAGGAGCACUACAUGCACAGUCACCAUCACCAACAGCUUCUUGACAACAUAAUAAUGGAGCCGUUAUGGGAAUUUCAAAAUUUUACCCCGAUGUCACAAACCACAGCGCUGCCGACAGCGGACGGACCGUACCUGCAGAUCAUCGAACAGCCCAAACAGCGUGGCUUCAGGUUCAGGUACGGCUGUGAAGGUCCGUCCCACGGCGGCCUGCCCGGGGCCUCCAGCGAGAAGAACAGGAAGUCCUACCCCACCGUCAAGAUCUGUAACUACCAGGGUCCGGCCCGGGUGGUGGUCCAGCUGGUGACCGCCAGCUCCACCCAGACGCACCUGCACGCCCACAGCCUGGUGGGCAAACAGUGUGACAAGGGCAUCUGCAUCGCCGACCUGCCGCCCAAAGACUCUACCAUCAGUUUUCCUAACCUGGGGAUCCUCCAUGUGACCAAGAAGAACGUCAGUAAGACCCUGGAGGAGAGGAUGACGGAGGCCUACAGGAUGGGCUACAACUGUGGGGUUUCCAUCCACCCCGAGAUCGACAUCCUGCAGGGGGAGGUCCGGGUCCCGCGGGACCUCACCGACCAGCAGCGCAGUGCGAUCAGCAGCGCGGCGUCUCUGCAGUCUAAAGACAUGGACCUCAGCGUGGUGCGGCUCAUGUUCACCGCCUUCCUCCCGGACAGCGACGGAGGAUUCUCCCGGAGGCUGGAGCCCGUCGUGUCCGACCCCAUCUACGACAGCAAGGCUCCAAACGCCUCCAACCUGAAGAUCGUCAGGAUGGACCGGACCGCCGGCUGCGUGACCGGAGGAGAGGAGGUCUACCUGCUCUGCGACAAGGUCCAGAAAGAUGACAUCCAGGUUCGGUUCUAUGAAGAGGACGACUCGGGGGUGACCUGGGAGGCGCUGGGAGAUUUUUCCCCCACAGACGUUCACAGACAAUUCGCCAUCGUCUUCAGGACCCCAAAGUACCGAGACCUGAACCUGCAGAAGCCGACGUCCGUCUUCGUCCAGCUGAAGAGGAAGUCCGACAACGAGACCAGCGAGCCCAAACCGUUCACCUACCACCCGCAGAUCAUCGACAAAGAGGAGGUGCAGAGGAAGAGGCAGAAGACGUUGCCGAACUUCCAGGAUUUCAGCGGUCAUGGAGGAGCAGGAGGAGGCCUGUACAGAGGAGGAGGAGCAGGAGGAGGGGGUCCGGCUGCAGGAGGAGGGCCUGGAGGAGGAGGAGGAUACUACCAGGGCUUCUCCACCUACAACUAUGGAGGAGGAGGAGGAGCAGGCGGAGGAGGGGGAGGAGGAGGUUUCUCCACAGGAUACUCAGCUGGUCUGGGAGGAGGCGGCAUCAAACAUGCGUUGCAGGGCGGAGCAGCGGCGGCGGAGGACAGCGGUGACGACAGCGAUCCAGACGAUGAUCCGGCGUCAGGGGCCGUGCAGCGAGCCGCAGCCCAGCCAGAGGGCCCGCAGGUGGGGGAGGAGCCUGAGGAGAGAGGGGUCAGCCUGGAGCCGGAGGCCGACAGACACACUGAAGAGUGUGAUGUGGAUGGCAGGUUGGUGGAUGCAGCUGGCAGGCAGGUGGAGGCUCUUUUCCAGUUCUCUGUGACAGGAGAUUCGGCUUACCUACUGGCUCCACAGCGCCCCCUGAUGGUUGCCCAAGACGAGGACGGAGACACCGGCCUCCACCUGGCCGUCCUGCACAGCCAGCAGGAGGCGCUCAAGAGUCUCACUCAGGUUCUCUCUGCUCUGCCGGGAGAGGAGGUGGUCAACAUGAGGAACCACCUGUACCAGACUCCUUUGCACCUGGCUGUGAUCACCCAGCAGAAAGAGGCGGUGGAAGCGCUCCUAUUGGCCGGGGCCGACGCCUCGCUUACGGAUCGCCACGGCAACACGGCGCUGCACCUGGCGUCCCAGCAGGAAGGAGCAGGGAUGAUCAACUUCCUGUUACAGCACAGACAGCUGAGAGAGCUGGUGGACCUGCCCAACGCCGCCGGUCUGUGUGCGGUGCACCUGGCGGUUCUGGCCAAUCAGCUGCAGUGUCUCAGGGAGCUGCUGGAGGGCGGGGCCAGCGUGGAGGCUCAGGAGCGCGGCGGCGGACGCACCGCCCUCCACCUCGCCACCGAGACCGAAAACGUGUCACUGGCCGGCUGCCUGCUGCUCGAGGGAAAUGCCAACGUGGACAGCUGUACGUAUAAUGGCUCCACCCCCCUGCACAUCGCCGCAGGGCGGGGCUCCGUCAAACUGACAGCUCUGCUGAUGGCUGCAGGUGCAGACCCCUAUAAGGAGAACUUUGAGCCCCUGUUCUUCAGGGAGGACGAGGCCUGUGGCAGUGAGGAGGAGGAGGAUGAAGGCUACAUCCCAGGCACCAGUCCUGUCAACAUGGCCGCCUCGCCUCAGGUGUUGGAGCUUCUGAAUGGUAAAGAGUAUGAACCCAAAUCCUCCAACCCAGCCUUCAUCCCCCCUCAAGGGGACCUGGCCGGCGUGCCUCUGGACGUGAAGGCGGCGUUGUGUCGCUCGCUGGAAGUCGACGGCGGCUGGGAGAGUUUGGCUCACAGCCUCGGCCUCGGGAUCCUGAACUCCGCCUUCAGACUGAGCCCCUCCCCUGCCGCCACGCUGCUGGACAGCUACGAGGUUUCAGGUGGGACAGUCAGGGAUCUGUUAGCUGGUCUGAGGUCAGUAGGAAACUGCGCUGCUCUGAGUGUCCUGGAGGGGGCGCUGCGCCACCUGGAGGCCGAGGAGGAGACGGGGAUCACAGAGAGUAUCGGCGGGCGUCUGAGCGCCGCGGUCCAGGAGCUGAAGGUGGACGCUCACAUCGACAGCGGGGUGUGUGACAGCGGGGUGGAGCUCUCCACGGCGUGACGUCCUGAUUGGUCCGCGGCUGCAGACUGAAGAGCUCGACGUUUUUCACCGGGAACUUUUUACUUUUUUUGUGUGUGUGUGUUACAAAACCUGUUGAACUGUUGCAUUUUUGUGACGAGAAAACAUGGGAAGUUUCUAGCAUGAAAAAACAAAACCGACGAUCACAGAAACUGAACAUUUGAAUCAGGUUUUAUUGAGAGAGACAAAGAAAGGUGAUUUGUUUUUUCGACACUCCGACUCAGCUCAACCAAAGAAUGUAAAGCUUCUGUCAUUUUCCCAUCAGGCAGCAGGAUCCUUCAGUCGCCUGAACACAUCAUGGUCACAGUCUGGACUCUGACUCCCUGUCGGUUUGUUUUUGUCUGUAUUUUGAUGCCAGGAUGUCUGACAGGCAGUGAACGCCUCCAGGAGGAAACGGUGUGACUGAUGAUGAUUGUAGCAGCUGCAGGUUUCCUUCACUUUCUGAGCUGAAGGGUUGGAGAAAAAAAAAAAAAAACUGCACCGGCCGCUGGAUUUUAUGCAUCUGAUGUUUUUUUUUGUUUGUUUGUUUUGUUUUUAUUUUGUUUUGUUGACGGCCCUUUCCUGUCAGUCACGUCAGAGUGAUGUCAGCUGGAAGGAAACAACACUUCUCUAACGUCGCUCUCGACUUCGCCGGGGAGGAAGCUCAACGCAGACGACUCGCUUGGUUGUUUGUUUGUUUGUCAAAGUGUUUAGUAAACAACUCGUCAGGGUUGUGACCUGCAGUCGUCACCGAGACGACGGACAGGAAGACUGUUUGUGCACGUUGGUCACGUUUUACAUCAGGUUAUGGCUUCAGGACACAGGAGAGUCCUGGGUAACCCUAGACCCCGCCCCUUUAAAACCUAAACCCCGCCCCUUCCGCCCCCAAACCCCCGAGCGUCUUCUCAAACAGAUUUCUCGUUCUGCAGCAGAAAAUCAAAUUAAAAGCAAACGUUCAUCGUGAAAAGCAUGAUGUGUUCCGGCUGCGUCGUUUGUUUUCAACAGCUACCGAGUAGGAAUUUCCUUUUCCCGACUUCCAGCAGCACCUGAAUGCAUCAGCAGGCCCGCAGACUUUUCAAAUGAAAACCUGACAAACUAAAUUAAUUUAAUUUAUGGAACGGGUUGCCUGUCGAGAUGCAGCGUCUCAUUUUCAGAAUGAUAAAACCAGUUGAACCAAACUGAAGCGGGGUUCAGGUUCCAGCCGUGAUGUGAGGAAAACAUGAACUCAUGAACUGAAGAGGCGAUUUUAAAGUGAACAUUUUAUCCUGUGAUCACAUCGCAGACAAAAGUCCAAACCUUCUUAUUUCUUUAAUGUUUAAUCUGUGAAGUUUAAAGUCCCCCUCCUCCCUAAACCCUCAAACGCUAAAUCCUAAUUCCUGACUCCUACCAGCUGAACCCUUCACUCCUGGUCCAUAAAUGCAGUUUGGUGCUUCUUCUAAGAAUAGUUGUGUUUUUGUGUUUGUUUAGUUUGGUUCCCUGUUUCUUUUAAUUCAAACAGUGAAAGUUUUCCUGCACAUUAGACCUUCAGCUUCAGCGACAGGAAGUUCAGUCUGAAACCAAAGCUCGGCUCAGCUCGGCUCGGCUCGGCUCGGGAGACGAUAUUUAUACUUGUACCCACUGAGACGUCAUGUACAGUUCUAAAUGUGCUUUUGGUUUUGUCAUGUUUUUUUUUUUUUUUUUAAAUAAAAUUGUCUUUUUUUAAUA